AUGGUCUUCGUUUUCAUUAAUAUUCAAGUUUUAGCUCUGAACAAUGAUCAAGAAGUAGUUACGGAAGAAGAAGAAAAGAUCAAUAAGCCUGCAUUUUUGUUGACCAAAGAGAGAGUGCCCAUACGACCAAGCACAAUUGAUGAUGAUAUUAGGGGAGAAAAUUCAAGGUCUACAUUCAAAAGCGAACAAGACUACUCUUUAUAUCGUAGGACACAUUCAGAUGGAAAAUUUGAGCAUGCAAUAACGCAUUAUCGAGCAGAGAAAAAGAUAGUUGGGGUACAUGCACGUAUAAACCUAUGGCAACCGUUAGUGAUCAAUAGAAAGAAAGCGUAUAGCAGCUCUCAUAUUUGGAUUGUAUCAAAUGACAAUCGUAAUGUGAUUGAAGCUGGAUGGCAUAGGGAUGGGGAAGGCCAGUCAGGAUGUUACAAUUUGGAUUGUCAAGGAUUUAAAAAGAAUGAGGAUGUAGAUAGGAUAGGAAAAUCAUAUGAUGUGGUAUCAUCCUACGACGAUAUACAACAUACUACUACUAUUAAAGUUGUCAAGCAUGCAAGUAGCGGAGAUUGGUUGUUGGUAGUUGAUGAGAGCGAGGUGGGUGUUUGGCCAAACCACAUGUUUAGUGACCUGAGAAACGGAGCCGCAGGUGUGUAUUGGGGUGGCGAGACCUGGAUCAUGAGUGAUGGUGAUGGUGGCGAUGACGGCGAAGAUACAUCAGUAGUAGAAAUGGGAUCUGGUAGAUUUGCGGAAGAGGGAUACAAAAGAGCAAGUUAUUUCGACAAACUAGAAGUCGCAUUCGAGGGAUUGAGCUUUAUUCCAGUUAGGCCGAAUAGCUGGGAAUUGAAGAGCACUAGCCCAUGCUAUACCAUCCGUGCUAAAUAUAACUCCGGCGGAGAAGCUGAUAAUGAUGAUGAUAGAGGCUUCUUUUAUGGAGGGCCGGGCGUGGGUCCAUCAUGCCCUACGACUUGA